UUUCCCAAUUUACCAUUUUUUUCUUUCUCCCACAAAAGUGUGCAAUUAUCUAGUAUCUAUAUAUUAUUACCUUGUUUGACAGUAUUACAUAGCAAACAAAUAUGGAAGAAGUGAAGCUUUUGAAGACAUGGUCAACCCCUUUUGGUUUAAGGGUUGUUCAGGCAUUGAAGCUCAAAGGCAUAGGGUACGAAGCAGUGGAUGAAGAUCUAUCCAACAAGAGUGCUCUUCUUCUUCAAUACAAUCCCGUGUACAAGAAAGUCCCGGUUCUUGUUCACAACGGGAACCCAAUCUCGGAAUCACUUGUGAUCCUUGAAUACAUUGAUGAGACUUGGAAGCACAAUCCGAUAUUACCCGAAGAUCCUUUUGAGAGAGCCAGGGAAAGGUUUUGGGCCAAGUUCAAUGACGAAAAGCUUUUGCCAACAAUAUGGGCUGUUUUCACCAAAGAAGGGAAAGAACGAGAGGAAGCUAUGGCGGCAUCGGUGGAGAAUCUGAAGUUUGUCGAGGAAGAGCUGAAGGGAAAGAAAUUCUUCGGCGGAGAGAAGGUGGGACUGGCGGAUCUUGUUCUGGGUUGGCUUGCGAACUUGAUCGGCGUCUUUGAAGAGGUGACUGGCUUGAAAAUAGUUGAUGAGAGAUAUCCGUUGUUGUUGGGUUGGAUGAAAGAGUUUUAUGAAGUGCCUGUGAUUAAAGACACAUGGCCUCCUCAUGACAAGAUGAUCAUCAAGUACCAAGCAUUUUAUGACAAAUACCAUCCUGCAUAAUGAUCUGCUUUGUUUUCCAGAAAUGGGGGAUUUUCGUUUGUAAUCUGUCAUCAACAUCAAGUUGUAAUACCUGAGAUUGACUGCCUUAUGAAUAAUAUCAGACUUGUUGCUGGUUUUUAUUUACCAGAA